AUGUGGGAUUUUACAACUUUGAGUGGUUUACUCGAUUACGAGGGUGACGAUGACAAUAGUGGUUCCUCGGGCACAGUCGAGAAGCUGCCAUCAAUUGAACCAGCGCGGACGCCACAGAAGCGUGUUAUGCGAAGAACCUUUGAAGUUGAGUCCAAACUUUUCACACUCAUCGGUCAACAAGAGAAAGAUGAGUCCGACAUAACUGUAGUCAGAAAGACGGUUCCAGUUCCAAAAAUAAAUGAGUCGUUCGUUGAUCAGUUCUUCGGACUCAACACCCUCCAAAAUGUCGACUCGGCAAUCAUGGAGAAUCACACCCCGUUGUCAAGUGCUCAGCUCGUAGACACCACUGUUGGCUUGGUGCAGAUGAAGCGACCAGCGGGUCCCUCCUCCCGUGCGCCAGCGAAAUGGAAGAAUCCAGUACGACGACUUAACGAAACACCUGGGCUGAAGGACUCCUACGAGGAGGUUCAUGUUGUGGUACAUGGUGAGACCGAGAAUGCUGCGUCGACCCGGCAACAAGUUACGCCUUGUCGUCGGUUGGCUGGAGCUACGGGUGUGCUAGGGUUCUCCGCCUCUUCAACCAAUCUACCAGACAUGAAUGCUCAUCUAAGCGACGCUGUGGUGGCAGGUUUGGCCAGCGUGGAAAACUUCUCCUCCACUAAGGAACGCCUUCGAGUUGUGGCUGAGGAGAAGCAGGCACCUCUUGCCUCCUUUCAGAGAAGCCUUCUUCCUUACAAAGAUGUGAUGCUGCUUUUAGUAAAAGGACGUCGGCAAGUGCAGACACGUCUGGUUGCUCCAGUUGCGGCAUCGCUCAAUUCUGGAGACUGUUUCCUUCUCCUACUGCCUAGAACCAACUCUCUCUACCUCUGGACAGGAAAAUGCGCGAAUGUGAUUGAAACUAACAAAGUGCGUGAUGUUGCUGCUUGGAUAAUCAAGACGCAUGAUCUUGGAUUCCCCUCUGGCGGUCGAGAACCGAUCCUCACUGCUAUUGACGAAGAAAAGUCCGACAGUGUUCCUAGGGAUCAACUCGAAACCUUCUAUGCCACAUUGGGUACUUCAAUAGAUCAAUUUAAGAGUUCCCCUAGUGGCCCACAAGAAGAGGACCUGGUGUUUGAGACCGUUAUACAACACUCAACUCGAGUCUUUGAGGUGCAUGAAGAUCGUCUUGAACCCCUGUCGGAGGUUUGGGGGACACCUCUUCACUACGCCAUGCUCGUUUCCAAAAAGGCCUUUGUGUUUGACUUUGGUUCCGAGGUCUACCUGUGGACGGGUAAUCAAAUUUCGCCAAAGAUACGAGCUGCAGGAAUUGAGUUGGUGCAGCAGCUCUAUUCCGAGCCAUACGACUAUUCAAUGUGCAAUGCAAGUCCUCUCAACCCCUUAGAUGCUAUUGACUGUCCCAAGUGUGGAUCCACUCGUCCAGACUGGACUCUGGUGGCGAAGGUGCCAGAACGAGGUGAGACAGUUCUCUUCAAAGAGAAGUUUCUUGAUUGGCCGGAGGGCUCACGUUUCGGUCAGCUUGUUCGUCAGCACUCUGCAAAGGCUACACUGGGUGGAUGUUCAUCCACCAACACCACCACUACCACCAUCAAUCCGGAGAUGCUCUCUGUGGAUGCGCUCUUCAGGGAGGCCUUUCAAGAGCCACCACCGCAGGCGACUCUCUUAACUCUUGAGGGUCGAUUUUUGGGUCGAGGAUGUGGUGAAGGUGUGCGUCCCUUGGAUGGCAUUAUGCGACGCUUCUAUGUGGAAACUGUUGGUGACUUGAAGAUUUGGCGCAUCGCCGAAUAUGCAGCCAAACCAGUGUCCAAGACUAGUUAUGGUCAAUUCUGUCGAGCGGAGACGUAUGUUAUUCGGUGGCCCUUCCGUGUCUAUAACGGUAGUCGUCAAGAUGCUUUGAUGAGUAACAACCGGCUUAGCACUAUGAUCAAUCAGAAGACUUCAGGUGAUCAGUGCGCCUACUUCUUUUGGCACGGUUCUGCCAGCAAGAUUACACAACAGGGUGCAGCCGCUCUCAUGACUGUUGAGAUGGACGAGGAGCGCGGUCCACAGGUCUGUGUGAUAUCUGUUACUCAUUUCUCAAAAAUCCAGCGCAUUGAUCUUUGA